ACAGGAGUUUUGCUGCUCAGCAAUAUAGAGAUCCUCGCACACCCCUCAUUCUCCCGGCUCUGGCAUUACAAACACCCCUAUUUUCAUGACUCCUGAGAGCUGAAUCUGCCCUUAUGCUGCUGAGCUUCUACUUCAAUGGCCUUUUGCUCGUGGGCUGCCUGCUGUCCUGGGGGAGAUCGGAUACAGAAGGACAAUGCCAUAGCUUUACAGAUCUCAACAUACACAACUCCAUUAUUGGGACGGCGCUGAAAGUGCAAUUGCUCCUUUAUACACCUGAAAAUCCAAAAUGUGCCCAAGAUUUAAAUGAAGACAAUUCCACUGGCUUUCAGUAUCUGAAUGUUACGAGGAAGACUGUUUUUAUUACCCAUGGCUACAGGCCAACAGGUUCCCCGCCAGUAUGGAUAGACAAUAUUGUCAAAAAGUUUCUUGAUAUUCAGGAUUUCAAUGUCAUAUUAGUGGACUGGAACCGCGGAGCCACGACCGUCCUUUACCACAAUGCUGCGGCCAAAACCAGAAAAGUUGCAGACAUUUUAAAAAGACUUAUUGACAACAUGCUGAGCCAAGGGGCGACACUUGAUUCUAUCUAUAUGGUCGGAGUCAGCCUUGGUGCACAUGUAUCUGGAUUUGUCGGGAAAAUGUACAAUGGCUCUAUUGGAAGAAUUACAGGCCUGGAUCCCGCAGGACCACUUUUUAAUGGGAAGCCCCCUGAAGAAAGAUUGCACUAUACAGAUGCCCAGUUUGUGGAUGUGGUUCAUACAGACACUGAUGGACUGGGCUACAAGGAGAGUUUGGGACACAUUGAUUUCUACCCUAACGGAGGAACUGACCAGCCUGGCUGCCCAAAGACAAUAUUAUCUGGGUCUGAAUAUUUUAAGUGUGAUCACCAGAGAUCCGUGUUUCUGUACAUCGCCUCCCUAACAAAUAACGGUGACCUUGUCGGUUUCCCUUGCAAAAGCUACAGAGACUACCGGAUUGGAAACUGCACUGACUGCAAGGAAUUCCUGCCCCUGUCCUGCCCAGUUUUAGGGUUUUACGCCGAUAAGUGGAAAGAUCAUCUUGUGAAGAAGAAUCCUCCGGGAACAAAAGCUUUCUUUGACACAGCAGCUAAGGAUCCAUUUUGCAUAUUUCAUUAUUAUCUGGACUUUAUGACCUGGAGCAGCCAAACCAGAAGGGGCUAUAUCACCAUUAGACUGAUGUCCCUUAAAGGAAAUGUAACCGAGUCAAAGCUGGACAAGGACCAUACAAUGUUUGAACAAUAUAAAGAAGUGAGCCUGCUGGCCAAAUUUGAUCAAGAUUUGGACCCAAUAACCAGUAUUUCUGUCACCUUUGCAACCGGCUCUGUCAUAGGCCCGAAGUUUAAACUGAGAGUUCUGAGAAUGAGGCUGAGACCACUCACAAACACAAACAGACCCAUAUUGUGUCGCUAUGACUUUGUGCUACUGGAAAAUGUAGAGAUGGAAUUUAAUCCAAUCCCUUGUGAAGAUACAAACCUGUAAUUGAAAAAAAAAAAAAAAGCCACAAUUUUUCAGAUUUUUGCCAAAAAAUCUGAAAUAGUCGGGUUUUCGGGGGUCAAUUCCAGCACAGACCACAGAAACUUCCAAAUAGUUCUGAGGUCUGAGAUGCCAGAUUUUCGGAUUCUGACUUUUUGCAGCAUCUGGAUUUUAUAAAUCCAGAAAAACUCUAGUUUAUUUUCUCAGUAAAAAUUCAGAUUUUAUACUAAAUAAAACUUGAAUUUUUCAAUUUUUUUUUUUUUUUACCAUUUGGACUUUAAUAAAUAACCCCCUGAAUGAGGUUUAUUAAGGGUCCUGUUCUUCAAGAACCAUGAAACAGAUAAACCUCUCACAGUACAUUCAUGUGUACAGAGUAAGCAAGGCCUUAAAAUACUCUCUAGUGAAUGAGUUUGUUUUUAAAUUUUAAAUCACUGUAUAUAAAAAUGAAAAGUUGUAUCUUUUGUAUAAUUAUCGGCUGGUGUUUUGAUUUAGGUACUUCCGUAUGUUCCUUGGAAAGAGGAACCAUUAACUCUUGUGACAUUUAUUUCCCAAGCUAGGCUGAUGCAUAGUUCUGACAGUUGGUGGAAUCUGACAUUUGAAGGAGAUACCGUGUCGUUAGCUGCUGGGAGUUUAGUCGAUUGUAGUUCCUCGUCCCUCCACUCAUGAACAAGCAUCUCUCAGAAACAGAGGAAUCCCUCUUUUGAAUCAGUUGGCAGAGUUUCACAUCGUAUUUCUUCCAUGACAGAUGGGUAUAACUCUCAUUUAAUGGAGAACCACCUGAACCUGUAGGAGAUGUAUAAAGUUAAAUGAAAAUGUGACACUUUAUUAAAUCUUGGGCAUUGAUAUUCUGUAUUUUAUUUAUAUAUAUAUAUAUAUAUAUAUAUAUAUAUAUAUAUAUAUAUAUAUAUAUAUAUAUAUAUAUAUAUUCUUUCUGAUAUUUUUCUAUUUUUAUAUGUGAUCACCAUUGACGAACUGCUAAGAAAUGUGAAUAUCUGUAUAAACAUGACACAUGUAUAGUUUUGUAUAAAAUAAAUUAUUCAUGU